UUAAGAAAGGUCAGAGAGAGUGCAAUCGAAUCGGCAGCUCUCUGACGACAAAGUUCAAGGAAGAUGGGUUUUUAAAACAAAAAAAAAAAUUCCCUGUCGCUUAUCUAAUCUGGACCAUUGAAGCGUCGCUAUUAUGCGCCAUUUUGCAAGUUGUUUCUUUCAACCCUAAAUUCGACCGAUUGAAGCUCCUGCCCGGAGUGCUGUGUGCUCGCUAGCUAGCUUGACUUAAGCCUUUGUCGUCUUCACCGCGCCUGACUGGAUCAGUAUUUUCAUCAACUAAUUGGCGUUUUUUUGUGACUUAGACAAUGGAAUUUGAUUCAGUUCGAGGCGAUAUCAGCCCUGUAAACGACUUGCACAGCACCGGGCCCGGAUCAGUCCUCAGACCUCACAUUCUCUCCCUGCCCGAGGUCGGGACGAGGGGCUCCCCCUGCAUGCAGAGCCUAGCCCCCGGACCCAUGGCAGUGCUGUCUCCAGUGACUAAUUUGGCUCUAAACAUGAAUAAUGUUGUUCUUGAAGGUCAUUGUGAAACACCAAAGCGGAAGAAAAACUUGCCCCUCCUGAAGAUCCCUUCCUUCGCAUCUGAUGCCUCCUCCGAUGCAGGUCUUGGCCUGGAUUUCCCCAGCCCUUUGGACUCCCUGGAUGCUGAGCAGAAUUUUGAAAGGGCCAUGCUGGAUGCAUCAAGAGCAGUAAACGAGAAAAUGCCCAUUCGCAGGAUAAAUUCUUUACCAUUGCAGUUAUUGGGUCACAGUCCCAAUCUGAAGAAUAAAGAAUGUGAUCCGUCCCGCUAUGGAGUAUGGACUCGCACACAUGGCAGUGGCAACAAAGAGAAUCUGGCUGAGGAGAAUUUUGAGUUCAAAAAGCCUUCCAUGCCUGCAUCUCGCUGUCGUAUGCGCUCUACUGGUGGGGCCAAGGAGGCUUUCGCCUGCAGACCAAACUCUGCUCCUGCGCUAAUGCUUUCCCCACCAUCAUCCCUUCAGUUCGACUCUUCUGAUGAGAGCAGUCCCUUCAUACUGCGACGUCCCUCCCUCUCCUGUGUCCCCGAUGAUGACGAUGAUGGCUUCUUGGAGGGGCUUGACGACAUGGAGAAUGACUCUGAGGUUCCUUUUGGAAUGGAUAGUCUUCUCACAGCUCCUCUGGUGGCCAAACAAAUCAUGGACUUUACUGAUUCGCCUGUGAUUCGCUGUCGUCCACGUGGGUUGUUCCGAUCUCCUUCUAUGCCCAGCCCAGGAGGGCGUGUCCCACUAAAGAGAUCUGACAGGCCGCAAGAUGAGAACACACCUGUCCGAGUGAAGAGGAGACGGAGCCUGGCAGGGACUUUAGUCUCUCCUGUAGAGCAGGAGGAUGCCAUGUCACAUCAGGUUCAGAGGUCAAAGUCGUUUAAUCACUCACAGAUUGAGAGACUGUUGGAUACAGAUCCCAGUAAUGUGAUUGGAGAUUUCACCAAGCCUCCAGCACUGCCCACGGUAGAUGGAAAACACCAAGAGUUGAAAUACAUCACUCCAGAGAUUAUGGUUCAAGCAAUGAACGGUCAAUAUAGUGAUCUGGUGGAAAGGCUGUUUGUUAUUGAUUGCCGCUAUCCAUACGAGUAUGAGGGUGGCCAUAUUAAGGGUGCCCUUAACCUUCAUCAGCAGGAUCAAAUUGAAGACUACUUUUUACAGCAUCCUAUUCUCCCAGAAAGUCCUGGGAAGCGUGUCCUGCUGGUGUUCCACUGUGAAUUUUCAUCAGAGCGUGGUCCACGCAUGUGCCGCUACGUUCGAGAGAGAGAUCGUGUUCUGAAUGAGUAUCCUAACCUCCAUUACCCUGAACUCUACAUCCUGAAAGGAGGCUACAAAGAGUUUUUCCCACUUCACAAGUCAGUGUGUGAACCUCAGGCUUAUAGGCCAAUGCAUCAUGAAGACUACAAAGAAGAUCUGAGGAAGUUCCGCCUUAAAAGCCGCACCUGGGCUGGAGAACGUAGCAAGAGAGACAUGUACAGCCGUCUCAAACUUUAAGAUGCGUACACUCUCACUCCAUUAUUUUACUGCCUUUAUUUGCUCACACUGCCCUCACACAUUAGACAGGGUAGGACUUGAAGAGGUGUUUUGUGGGAUUUGCUUUGAGACGGUUGUCAGUUUUCUGGUCUUUGUAUUGCUUUACUGCCACAACAUCAAGCAGGUUUUACAGACUACUAUGUAUUUCAGCCUGAUAGGCCUCCCAUUGGUCUGGUCACAACCCUCUAAAACUGCCAUCAUUCACUACCACCCUGAUGUCCUUAGAAGCUCACAGCUAAAUGUCACUGCCAUGUAUUACAUGCACACAUACUUUACAUACACGCAUACUUUUUAAUCAUUUUAAUCCCCUAUUAUUUUGGUCCACUGUACUGUUUUUUUUUUUUUUUUUUUUUUUUUCUUCAGUUGUGGUGAAAGUGCUGUUAUACCUUCAAUUCCCCCUCCCCCAUGUUUUUCCCUCUCAUCUGGUGAGGUGCCUGUUGAUAUAACUGCAUUUACAUCAGGAUAAUUAUUAAAAUUAUAAAAGUUUGCUUUUAAGGUUGUUUCCUGAGUGUCCUUUUCUAUUAUGUACAUUUUCCUUUAACGGAUAACAAAUCACAUUUUUACCCCUGCAUGUUUAAGUAUUUUACAAGAUGCAAGAUUUUUUUUCUUUUUAUUUUUUUUAUAUAUAGAGCAAACAGGAUUAUGCCUUUCCAUGCCAUUUGAUGUGACUGUCCCACCAUCCCUUUUUUUUUUUUUUUCCUUGACUGUUGACUUGACCGACAGCUUUAACUCGGGCAGGAGCCUGACUUUUGCUGCUGGUCAGCAAGUGUUGACCACACAAAUGUUCACCAAAAUGUUCUAAGACAAAAUCAUUAUUUGUACAUGAAACCAAUUUGACUAGUUGGAUUAUAACAGUCUCUCCCGUGUAUGUGUGUUUGUAAUUUUUGCUACCCGAUUUUGUUUUAUUGGUCCUGUGUGACUGAAAGCUGGUUUAUGUAUUCCUGAAUAAAAUUGAAGUUUGUAUGUGGGUAAUAACUCAAA